AUGCUGAAAGCAGACAAAUCCUCGCUUACACGCACCUUUCUGGGUAAGGCGCUAUAUACCAGCCCUGAACAUAUUGCCAAGGCGAUUAAAUGGCAUAUAUUUCCAGGUGUCUUAAAUCCAGAUGCAACUGAUUUUGUUCCAAGAGAAAGGCAAAUUUUCAGUCCAAGUUGGAGCAAUCAGUCCAGGCUGGAAUUUGAAUGUGAUUCAAGCAGAAAUUCUUUACCUCCUCCUGUUCAGCCUAGGCACAGUAAAUGUGAAGAUUCAGUUACAGAUCAUAAUACUUUUUACAGUCUAGAAAGCCAGCAUGGAUGUCAGCCAGAUUCUUCACAAUUCCACAGUAUAGGUAAAACAAAAAGCAGUAGCUUACACAGCCAGCGGUGGCAAAGAUCAAGGAAUGAUCGAACACAUGGGAAAAAUCAAAUAAAGCAAAUAACUGCAGGGAGCACAGAUGAUUCUCCAUGUUUAGGCACUAGAUUAGUUGUAGGACGUAGGAUGAAUCAUAGAGAAUACAGUGAUUUCUCUUCAGACAGUGAAAAAGAAGCUGCUACUGCAAAUAACAGAGGAGCAAAGCCCAAGAAGACAUAUUUGAUGCAUUCACGUGGAAGAGGAUUGAAAGAAAAAGAGAAACAUCUACCUGAGAGGGAAAAAAGAAUAUCAACUAAGUGGAAAGAAAAGGCCUCUGAAAAUAUACCAGCAGUAGAUCUGACCCAGUCAGACUCUUCUGAAACAUCUCUUGGAAAAGCAAUAUCUGAUGGUUUCUCUGACAAUAGCAUUGCAAGAAGAAAAUACCCUCUUGCAAACAGACAUUUUAGGGAACCUGCAUGGAAUAAAGAGACUGGCAAAAAACAAGAUACAUCCAGAAGUAAAAAUGCAAAACAUGUUAAGAAUGCAUCCCUUCCGCAUCCUCCCAGAGAACGCACCAGUGAGAAGAGGAAAGAAUCUGUGCUGCAUGAAAGAGGUCCAAAUUUAGUGAGUGUGGUAGAGACACAGCCGUUCUGUGAAGCAGCUACACGUGAUGGGAGGAAACCACUUCUUCAAGAAGGAUAUAAAAACAGACGCUGGAAAAAGCAAAACGAUGCACCAAAGAACAAAGAAACUCAUACAGGGUCUCUGAUAGAGCAGCUUACCUCAGAAAAAUAUGAAUGUAUGGUAUGUUGUGAGGUGAUCCGUGUGGUAGCCCCAGUUUGGAGCUGUCAGAAUUGCUAUCAUGUUUUCCACUUAAGCUGCAUUAAGAAGUGGGCAAGAUCUCCAGCAGCACAGACUGAAGAUGGUAACAGUGGCUGGCGAUGCCCUGCAUGUCAAAAUGUUUCAUCUCAAGUUCCUAGUGUUUAUACCUGUUUUUGUGGCCGGGUAAAAAAUCCUGAAUGGAAUAGAAAUGAAAUACCACAUAGUUGUGGAGAACUGUGUAGAAAGAAAAGAUCAGCUCAAGAUUGUCCACAUUUAUGUAAUAUACUUUGUCAUCCAGGACCUUGCCCAUCCUGCCCUGCUUUUAUGACCAAAAAAUGUGAAUGUGGACGCACAAGCCAUUCAGUUCGCUGUGGGUAUUCUACUGCAAUUCAAUGUACUAAUAUAUGUGGAAAUGUUUUGAAUUGUGGUAAACAUAAUUGUACCCAGAUAUGCCAUUCGGGAAAAUGCCAACCAUGUGAAUUGACUGUAAAACAAGUCUGUUACUGUGGGAGCACCUCUCGAGAAGUGUUAUGUGGAGCAAGUGAAGAUUGGUUUUCAUGCCUGAGAACUUGUGGGAAAAAAUUAUCCUGUGGAAUGCACAGUUGUGAACAAGUAUGCCAUCCACAGCCCUGCCAACCUUGUCCACGGCUUCCACAAAUAGUGCACUGUUGCCCUUGUGGACAGACUCCUCUUAGUAAAUUACUAGAGUUGGGAUGCACAGAACGUAAACUCUGCACGGAUCCUAUCCCAUCAUGUGGAAGAACAUGUGGAAAACCUUUACCUUGUAGUAGCUAUGAUGCUGUACAUACAUGUGAAAAUCUCUGCCAUGAGGGUGAAUGUGGGCAGUGUUCUCGCACAUCAAAGGUCUACUGCAGAUGUGCCUUAAAAAUAAAGGAAGUUCCGUGUGCCUCUCUCAAAAAUCAAGUUAAAGUUGCAUUCUUGUGUGACAAAAGAUGCAACAAGAAAUUGUCAUGUGGGCGACACAAGUGUAAUGAAACCUGCUGUGUGGAUAAGGAGCACAAGUGCUCUUUGAUUUGUGGACGUAAACUCAAUUGUGGUAUCCAUAGAUGUGAGGAACCUUGUCACCGUGGCAAUUGUCAGAAGUGUUGGCAGACCAGUUUUGAGGAAUUAACGUGUUAUUGUGGUGGAUCAGUGAUUUAUCCCCCAGUACCUUGUGGUACUCGACCACCAGAAUGUAAAAAUCCAUGUAGCAGACCUCAUGAAUGUGAUCAUCCAGUUUAUCAUUCCUGUCAUAGUGAAGAGAAAUGUCCACCAUGUACAUACCUUGUUCAGAAAUGGUGUAUGGGAAGGCAUGAAUUACGGAGCAAUAUUCCCUGUUACCUCACUGACAUUUCCUGCGGUCUUUCCUGUGAUCGAAUGUUAAAAUGUGGAAUGCACAAAUGUAAAAGGAUCUGUCACAAGGGAGAAUGCCUCAUAGAUGAAGAGUGUAGACAGCCAUGCACUAUUCUUAGACUACACUGUAAUCAUCCAUGUAUGUCUCCAUGCCAUCCAUCUUUACCUUGUCCUACAACUUCUUGUAGUUCAAAGGUUGAACUUCAGUGUGAAUGUGGAAGAAAAAAAGAGUCUAUGAUUUGUUCAGAAGCAGCAAGUACUUAUCAAAGAAUAGCUGCAAUAUCUAUUGCCUCUAAGUUAACAGAUCCACAGCUUGGAGAUUCAGUAGAGAUAAGUAGAUUGAUUACCAAAAAAGAAAUGAAGCAAACCAGGUUGCAGUGUGAUGAAGAAUGUUUGGCUCUUGAAAGAAACAGACGGUUUGCUGAGGCUCUUCAUAUAGAUGACAGUUCAGACCCUUUCAACGUUCGUGUCUCUGCACCCAAGUACAGCGAUACAUUGAAAGAGGAUGGAAGAAUCUAUACACAGAUCAGGAAACUACAGUCUGGACAGAACAUGGUGAAACAGACUGACUUCAGGUUGACAAAGAAGAGAGAUAAGGAUGUAUACUCUCCCCUUAUUUAUUCUACCUAUAUGCUGAAUAUAU